UUCUUCGAAGGCCGAAUGUCAGAUUGGCUGAAAUAUUAUCUCUUCAGACAUCGUUAACAAACAGGAAAGCAAUCGUGAUGUUUCUAAAUGUUGCUAAGCAGGUGACGAAAGCGAGCGCACCCCACGUCACCGGUAAUCCGGUAAAUGCGGUGAAAUUUCCCCUGGAUUCUCGUUUCUUUUUUCAAAGCAAAUUUGAAGGAGAGCUUAGCUGCAAGAAUCGACUACUCGAAUAUUAGAAACCAGAAAAAGAAGGAAAAAGAAACGGUUUUCAUCCUUUUUAAUCUGCCCGGUCCCGUGAACUCUAACCGCGAGACCCGCGCACACCCGCAACGUUCCCGCAUAUGGACUUACUCAGGUCUAGCUCUCCGCGGCCAUUUACAGGUGACGCCUGGCAACAAAUGUGCUGAUGUAGUUUUACCGGUUCAACAAUACGAUUUCUGUCGGCUAUGUCUUAGGAUCAGCUUAGAACUCAACUCACUAGAACAGAAACAUGGCAGAAAGUCCUUCGGCGGGGUAUGAACUCCAAGAUGAAAACGAUGUACCUCCUCUGGAGGAUAUGUCAGAACUAAUUCAACAAGUAAACAAGUUACGCGAGGAUGUGUCACCUGGACAAUCGUCGGAACAAUCGACAAAAAUGUCAGCCACAAAACCAAAGAUAAAGUCAGAAUCUGCAGCACAGACCCCCAAGGCUUCAGAAAGUCAGAGGACAUUUGGUGGAUUUAAGAAAGGUUUUUUAACAAACUCCAAACCAAGAAAGGUAAACUUUACGCAGUCAUCAAAAUCUACAAACAAAAGUGCUGAAACAGAUAUGCCUGUGAUCAGGGCCAAGAAUCCAGAACAAAAAACCAAAGGAAUAGAGAUACCAGAAGUUCAGGAAGCAAUGAAGUCUAGCAUACCAAGCUUGGAGAACAAAGAUUGGAUUACAGAUGAGCUAUUAAAGAAAAUUGAGAGCAAUCCUUCUCUAGCAAAGCUGCUUAUGGAUCCCACCUUCACAGCUGCUCUGUCUCAAGUGCAGACAGACCCCAUGAAGGCACUGGCCAUGUUGGAAAGCCACCCAGAAAUGCAGAAAGCUCUUCAAGACUUCAGUGGAAUUUUAGGAGAACACUUCACCAUGCUUGGAAAUGCAAGAGGUGAAUCGGAACCAAGCAAUCCUCAAGAUACCAACAUUGGACUGACUGAAAGAUCAAGUGCGAGGCAACAACCUCCUGUCCCUCCCUCCCCUGAGGAUGAGGCCAAAAUGCAGGAAAUUCUGUCAGAUCCUGAAGUUAUGAAAGUGCUUCAAGAUCAUCAAAUACAGCGAUUAUUGACCUUGAUGAAAACCAAUCCUGAAACUGCACAGUUAGAAGUAAAGAAUGCUACUGCUGAAAUGAGAGUUAAAAUACAAAAGCUGGUGGAUGUCGGACUUCUGGGCUUUGCUCAGUGACCUGGCAGAAAUUACCAGUAACCUCAUUAUUGACCAUUAUUGUGGAGCCUAAAAAGAGCUCCUUAAGUAAAUGUCAGGCUGCCCAGUACGAUAGACUUCAAGAACUACUAUAAGAAAAUCUGCCAUGCAUGGCAACAAGACCCAGCAACAUGGCAUACCAAUCAG